UGUUUUGGCAGUCGUUGCAAACCACUUCCUUCCUGUACCGGCUUGUCGGUGUAUAUCUGUACGUUGUAUAGAAGCGCACUUGACAAUAAGGGAUAAAUGGGAGAACCAUGCGGAUGCAAUUCUAUUUCACACUGCUUUGUUUGUGGCUGAAGAAAGAUUCUGUGAACUGCAUGGGGCCCUUGGAGUUACGUUCCGUUGCUUUGGGGGAUUCUGUCACACUAAAAUGCUCUUACAACUGCUCCACUGGGUUUGUUCGGGGCUGUUGGAGCAAAGCGUCUGUAUCGUCCGACUGCUUAGGAGAAACAAGCAAGGACAAAAACGACUUCUGCACGGUCGCUCUUAUUCUGGCCAAUGUUUCCGCCGAAGAUCUGAAGUACAACUACUCCUGCUACACACAAGCAAGAGAUCACCCUGACCUUAAACAAAAAAUAGAGCGUGUCGUGAUUCUAAAAGCUCAGACAACUGCCAUGACCUCGACAGUUCCUCCAAGUACUAAAAACGGGAAACUUGCAGAAAUCCACGUUUUGGCGACCUUUUCACUGACGGUGGUCGUGGCGCUGAUUGCACUGGCGGUUUACAUAUGUGUGAACCACAACAGAUGCCGUGGCAACGGGGAUGAUGCUGUCUCCAGAUCAGGCUCACCAUUGCAUUCCCAAGUUGUCUUCUCACCAGUGAAUGAUACAGACGAGGGUCAAACUGAGGUUCCAUAUGCUGACAUAAUGAUUGCCGUGAGAGGUGUCAGUACACCUGAGCUCACUCAGGUCAACUACUUGACGACAGAAGAGCCACGACAGUGGCGAGGAUGCGAAUCGAGGGGUCACUUGCAAGCCUCGCGCUCGGCCGACAGACUUCACCUGCCACAGCCCAGAGAGGUCAGCCGCAAGAUGAGCAGCAAUUCCGAGUACGCGGUCAUUAUGUACGCCUGACCUGCUGCAAGGGGAGAGGAAAAGAAAAACAACAGCGGUUACUCAGUGUCUUCUGUUCCUGUUCAUUCACAGUAAAAUAAAGGGGAGAGAAAGAUUUUAUGUCAAAAUAUUA